AUGGCCUCGUUGGCUGCGGACCAACUGUCUUCUGCAAGAAGCAGCGGGGAAAAAAAGCGAGAGCGCGAACGUACGCGAAAGGAACGCUACGUUGGUCCGACCAGCUGCGGCCCGGUGACCUCGCGGGUGCACCGCGUACCAGUUCGUGACGUUCGCGACCCCCGCGGACGGGUGGUUAAUUUGGUAAUGAACGCCGAGAUAGCGUGUGCUCCGCAGAGAUGCAGAGACGGCGGGUUGCGCAAAAGGGUUCAGAGCGUCCUCCAAGAGGCCAUAAGGUAUGCAGCAUGUGUACGAUUUUUUUAG